UGUGAGAUUUGAGAUUUGCCUGCAGUUUUUAAAAUUUUCCUUUUAGUAAAAUAAUUCUUUUAAACCAUCAAAUUAAAGCAUUUGCAAUAGUAUAGUUAGCUGCAUAGUACACAGCUAGGUGUUUAAACAAAUAACAAAAUUCAGGCAUGUCAACAUAACCUUUAAAAGUACUGUAUUUUUGAUUUUAUAAAAACAAAGAACAAUGCGGUAUGCUCAGUUGGUUGUGGGCCCUGCAGGCAGCGGUAAAUCUACCUACUGCUCCACCAUAGUGAAGCAUGCGAGUGAUACAAAGCGCAUCGUGGAGGUGGUCAACUUGGACCCGGCUGCAGAACAUUUCGACUACGAGCCACUCGUGGACAUCCGAGAGCUCAUACACCUGGAUGAUGCUAUGGAGGACGAUGAACUGCAGUUUGGGCCUAAUGGGGGCCUGGUAUUUUGUAUAGAAACCUUACUAGAAAACUGUGAUUGGUUAGAAGAACAGUUAGGGGAUGUGGACGAUGACUACCUGCUAUUUGAUUGUCCUGGCCAAAUAGAACUGUACACACACUUACCGGUGAUGAGGCGGCUGGUGGACCAGCUGCAGCGAUGGAACUUCAGGAUCUGUGUAGUAUUCAUGGUGGAUUCACAGUUCAUGGUGGAUGGUGCUAAGUUCUUAUCAGGCACCAUGGCAGCUCUCAGUGUCAUGGUGAAUCUAGAAUUGCCACAUGUAAAUAUCCUGACUAAAAUGGAUCUGCUUAGCAAAUCAGCCAGAAGUCAACUGGAUGGUUACUUGGAUCCAGACCCGCACAUUUUGCUAGCAGACAUGAGAAAUGCAAAGUCGAAGUGGCACGAGAAAUACGCCAAACUAACAGAAGCGAUUGGGGAGGUCAUAGAAAAUUUCAGCCUCGUCCGGUUCUACCCUCUAAACAUAAAGGAGGAAGAGAGCAUAGAGAACAUUCUGCUGACCAUAGACAACAUUAUACAGUAUGGUGAAGAUGCUGAUGUCAAAAUAAAAGAUUUUGAGGAACAAGACCCUGAUGAUGCAGAUGAUGAUUGAGCCAAUAAAGUACUUUUGAUAAAAAAUAA